AAAGGCAAUCUUGUUGGAAUACGCAUAACCACAGUGUGUUUUAAUUGUGCAAGAAAAUGUUUCGUUUUGUGUUCAUUCUCGCCUUCGUCAAUAUUGCCUUUGGCGCUAACGAUUAUGAAUCAGACAUCAGAAAAUCGUUAGAAAAAUUGAACGAGUUAAAACCUUUGGCUGCCUAUUACAAAAAGAAUCCAACAUCUCCCCAGGUGUUUGCGACAGGAACGAACCUUAUCAAUAGUACUCUUAAUGACCUGAGUGAAAAGUUAGCCGCCUAUGACCCCGCAAGCGUAGAAGAAAGGAACAUCAGCAUUGAACGUUCUAACAUAAAAUUCAGCGGAGUUCUUUCAAAUUUAAAUGUUGGAGGAUUUUCGGACUUCGUGGCUACAUCCCUGUCACUUUCUGUAUUAAGACGAACACUCUCGUUUACCAUAAAACUUCCCGAAUUAAAAUUAACAACAGACUAUGACAUUGAUGGUAGUAUUUCGUUUAUUCCCAUCUACGGAAAGGGUAACCUAAGUUUGCAAGUCAGUGGCAUUGAAGCUACGGGAAACGGCAAAGUAUCUUUAUCAAACCCUAUAUCAAUUGAAACCUUGAAUCUGGGAUACAGUAUCGGAAGUAUUAAUGUAAAUUUAUUAUUAUUUUAUUUUUAAAUUUUUAU